UCCCAGGGAAGUCCAAAAAGUUUUCCAUCUGUGCAGCAGGCUGCAGUGGGAGGAGGCAUUUUGGGAGAAUCUGGGGUCUCUGCCAAGGCGGUAGGGCAGAUUUUGAACCGCACUGGCGCACAGUGACAUAACUGGUGUUUUCACGGCUGAGGACAGAAAAGUCAAAUCUGCCACUGACAAGGAUCUUGGAGCGAUGCGUAAAAUCAAAAUUGUCCGGACAGUUUGAGCCACAACUCCUGCGAGUUUAAAGGAUGUUUCGGAGAUGGCCUGAACUUUUUUUCCUUUCUAGAGUUAACAGUAAGCCUGCAGUUUGCGGAGUAACAGCAGAGCUCGGAGCAUGCAGCCUGUAGAAACAAACUCGGGUAGGUCGAUUCCCAGUCUGGACUCCCUGCUUUUGUUUUUCCUCUCAGGCCGGGGUCGGGGGAGGAGUUUCUCAGGAUGGGACUGUGCCUCGGUACCGAAGUUACAGAGGACCAGAAGAAGGCGAGGAUACACAGUGUCAAGAUAGACAGAGACAUGUACGAGUGCGCCAAGCGGGAGAUGAAUGUGGUUAAAAUCCUCCUACUAGGUGCAGCAGAGAGCGGUAAAAGUACUUUGGUUAAACAGAUGAAGAUCAUCCACAGCAAUGGAUUCACCAAGCAAGAGCUCACCAGCUUCAAGCCUGCUGUACUGGAUAACCUCCUGACCUCCAUGAAGUUUGUCCUCCACGGCAUGGGCGUCCUCCGGAUCAACCUGGCUAACAGCAGGAACAAGGUCCACGCCCAUUCCGUCCUGUCGUGUGGGCGGUGUUUUGACGAAGAACAGGUGCUGUUUCCUUUCCUUAGCCACGCCCUGUCCUGUCUGCUGGCCGACCAGGGGGUGAGGGCGGCAGCGGCCCGGGGAUACGAGUAUGAGCUCAAUGACUCAGCGCUGUAUUUCUUUGAGAACCUGACCCGCAUCACGUCUCCAGAUUACGUGCCCACAGAGACAGACGUUCUGCGAGUACGACUGAGGACGACCGGCGUGAUAGAGACCCAGUUCAAUGUCAACCAUCUCAUUUUCAGGAUGUACGACGUUGGAGGCCAGAGAACUGAGCGGAGGAAGUGGAUCGGUUGUUUUGAGGAUGUCAGGGCGGUGCUGUUCGUGGUAUCGCUCAGCGGUUACGACAUGACCCUGGUGGAGGACCCCUCUGUGAAUCGUCUUCAGGAGAGCAUGAAGCUCUUCUCCUCCAUCUGCAACAACGUUUUCUUCCGCAGCACAUCCAUGAUUUUAUUCAUGAACAAGAUAGACCUUUUUCAAGACAAGAUUUUACACUCCGGGCGACAUCUGCGGUUAUACCUGCCACAGUUUAAAGGUGCAGACUGCGAUGUGGAUUCGUCCGCCCGCUUCAUCGCCGCCACCUUCGUCUCGCUCAACGCUACUCCCAAACUCAUCUACCACCACUUCACCACGGCCACCGACACCUCCAACAUUCAGGUCGUCUUCCAGGUGGUUAUGGACACGAUAAUCAAAGAGAACCUGGAGGCUGUGUCGCUCCUGUAGCUGCCGGCUGAGACUUCACCGGACAGUCAGUGCUGUCCACCUUUUUGGAUGUCUCAUUUUAAAAGUCUGCUCCAAACGUAUUGUCUGUUUUCUCUCUGAAGGUGCAGCCUGGGAGCUCUGACGCUCUUUGCCACUGCUGCAUUUGAUCCUCUGUGAUGCUUCAUGUAGCUUUGAAAAAAACUCUUUAAAAAAAACAUUGAAGGAGAAGGAGCACUUGGCUUUGAGCCCUAAAGCAUUUCCUUUUGAAACUGUGUUUAGUAACGGCAUUUAUAUUUGUGUGCUGUACUGUAAAACCAGACCAUGAAUGGUGAAGUGACUUUUUUCGAGGAUAUACACACAUGCCAUUUAUUUGCCCAUCUCUUCUUCUCUGUGUGUGUGGGCGGGACAUGGAGGGGGCGAGGAUUUACUGUUUGUCCGUUACUUCCUCUGCGCGGGGUUCACUCAUGCAUAACAUUGCGUGUUUUCCGCUCAUCCAUCAAUGUGUCUGUGCACAUCCUGUGCGUCACACAAUCCUAAUGAGGCGGUGAUCACUGUAACAGCACCCCAGUUUGUUUACUCGUCCUGAGAUACUCCGUUCAUUGUCAUCUGUGUCUUCACUCGUUCCCCUGACUCUUACCGAGUUAGAGAUGAUGCCGGUAUUUAAUAUUAGAAAUGGGAAGUAUGUGUCCAGAAACAUCCCUGAACCCUCAAACCGUUUAUUUUCCCUUCCUUUUGCGUCUGAUGAUUGUUGCUCCAUUGUCUGACGCACUCUCAUAAAACCUGAUUUGUAAACCUGGAUGAUGCUUCCUAUAUGUGAUUUGUGUGGCAUUAACUCCGCUGGGGUCUGACUGUUUUGAAGACUCCCCUGAGCAACUGACUGCUAUCACACCAGCUCCAGCAAUAAACAAGAUAUGGUAAUGACUGAUACGCUCUGAUAUGUAAUACUGAACAUGAAGAAAAAGAGAAAAACACCCCCAAGUGCCUUAUGAUGAAGUGGUUUUGCUGUCGUGUCAUUUAAAGGCUUCAUGCGUGUUUUACAUUUGUGUAUUUUUCCCUUUUAGAAUAAUUCUUUGUAUUUUAACUCUUUAAGUCUUAUAUACCAUGUGCUCAGACUAUUAACGGUGUGUACUGUUUAUUGUACUGAAACUGCAAUACAAAAUAAAUGUGAUAGGCUGACAACCUUAUUUUCACAUCAUAUUUCUUUUAAAUAGAUGAAGGUAGCAAAUGUAUUUCAUCCCCCAAUAGUUAAAUAUGUAAAUAAAAUUUUGAGC